GCUCCCAGCUUCCGGUCGAAGUGUAAAUGGAUACAUGACACAGUUGUUUGGGAAGGAAGGCUUAUUCUUCAGAAAAGCGCAAACGUUCGUGAAAGCUACCGACACGCUUUUGACAUCGUAGCGGCUGACAGUGCUGUGUGGAGCCGGCCGCGAUGGAGGCGGUUCCCCGGAUGCCGAUGAUCUGGCUGGAUCUGAAGGAGGCAGGGGAGUUCCAGUUCAGCCCGUCCGUGAGGCAGUUCAUCUUAAAGAACUAUGGAGAGAAUCCGGACAACUACAAUGAACAGAUGAAGAAGUUGGAGACACUGCGGCAGAGCGCGGUGAAUGUGACGAGGGAUUUCGAGGGAUGCAGCACGCUGAGGAAGUACUUCGGUCAGCUGCAUUACCUCCAGAGCCGGGUGCCCAUGGGAACGGGCCAGGAGGCGGCUGUACCCAUCUCAUGGACUGAAAUUUUCUCUGGAAAAACGGUCACGCAUGAUGACAUCAGCUAUGAACAAGCCUGCAUCCUCUACAAUCUUGGGGCUCUGCACUCCAUGCUGGGAGCCAUGGAUAACAGGGUGUCUGAGGAGGGGAUGAAGGUUUCCUGCACCCACUUCCAGUGUUCUGCUGGAGCAUUCUCUUACCUGAGAGACAAUUUCAGCCACAACUUCAGUGUGGACAUGAGCCACCAGAUCCUUAACCUCAACAUUAACCUUAUGCUGGGUCAAGCACAGGAGUGUCUCCUAGAGAAGUCCAUGUUGGACAACAGGAAGAGUUUUCUGGUUGCUCGCAUCAGUGCUCAGGUGGUGGAUUAUUACAAAGAGGCCUGCAGGGCUCUGGAGAAUUCGGAGACGGCCUCCAUGCUGGGAAAGAUCCAGAAGGACUGGAAGAAACUGGUUCAGAUGAAGAUCUACUACUUUGCUUCCAUUGCACAUCUUCAUAUGGGAAAACAGGCUGAGGAACAACAGAAGUAUGGAGAGAGGUUGGCUUACCUGCAGAGCUCCAUGGAUAAACUCAAUGAAGCCAUCAAGUUGGCCAAGGGUCAACCAGACAGUGUGCAGGAGGCCUUGAGGUUCACUAUGGAUGUUAUUGGUGGAAAGUUUAAUUCAGCCAAAAAGGAUAAUGACUUCAUCUAUCACGAGACAGUUCCUUCUCUGGAAACUCUGGCCUCAGUCAAAGGUGCGCCACUGGUGAAAGCUCUACCCGUCAACCCCACUGACCCGACUGUCACCGGACCAGACCUGUUUUCCAAGUUGGUGCCUAUGGCUGCCCAUGAAGCAUCGUCUCUGUACAGCGAGGAGAAGGCCAAGCUGCUGAGGGACAUCAUGGCCAAAAUAGACAGCAAGAAUGAAACCCUAGAGCAGUUCAUGGACUCCUUGGGCUUGGAGCCAGAAUCGGUGGACAAUCUGGACAUGUACAGUCAUAUACCCCCGGUCCUGAUGGAGAAAUGUGCUGCACUCAGUGUUCGACCCGACACUGUCAAGAGCCUCAUUCAGUCCAUGCAGGUCCUCUCGGGGGUCUUCACUGAUGUGGAGUCUUCACUGAAGGAGAUCAGAGAUGUCCUGGAGGAAGAUGAGGCUGACGAGAGAGCUCUCCAGGAAGUUGGUGGCCCCACUGUAGGCGAAGCGCACCCAGCCAUGCAGGGCCAGGCUCUGGCUGAGAUCCGCAGGGACCUGGAGAAGUACAUGGAGGCCCACGAGAAGGCCAGUUUCACCAACACGGAGCUCCACCGGGCCAUGAAUCUACACAUCAGCAAUUUGCGUCUCCUGGGUGGGCCAUUGGAAAGUCUAAGAGAUGCCCUGCCCCGACCUGAGCUCAGUGAAGAGGAAGUAGCAGGGCUGCAGUGCAUGAAGCGGAUACUUGGGAAGGUGCAGGAAAUGAGGGAACAGAGAGGCUCUUUGGAGAAACAGCUCCGUGAUCUCAUCCAGCAGGACGACAUCACCUCCACGCUAGUCACUACAGACAGGGCUGACAUAAAGCGUGUAUUUGAGGACCAGCUGAAGAAGUAUGAACAGGUGAAAGUGUACAUUGAUCAGAACCUGGCAGCUCAGGAGAACAUCCUGAAGGCUCUGACUGAGGCUAAUGUCCAGUAUGCCUCGGUUCGGAAGGGCCUAAGCCAGACUGAGCAGCAGUGGAACAGCACAGUCCAGGGCCUGGUGGGCUCAUAUGAAGCCUAUGAGGACCUGAUGAAGAAAUCACAGGAGGGGAAGGAGUUCUACGACGACCUGGAGGCCAAAGCAUCUCGUCUGCUGGAGAGAGCAAAAAUCUUGUGUCAGACCAGAUCAGAGGAGAGGAAGCCCAUCCUGGAAAAAGAAAUCCAGAAAAAAACCCCAGCACGGCCUACAGCAGCAAAACCUUCCCUGAUGCCAAAGGCUCCAGAUACCGACUCUGCCUGUUCUAGCCUUGAAGACCCAGAGUUGGCCCAGCUCAGUGCAGCCAUCUUGGCUUUGGGUGGUGACCUACCUGAGGAGCUCCGCAGCCUCCCCCCUGACAUUCCUUCCCUCCCCACCACUCGUCACCCUUGUCCUGAAGCCUUUAUCCCCCCCAGUGCUAAUCUGGGUGGUAGCAGCUCUCUGCCAUGGCCCGGAGCUCCAGCAGCUGGUCUUCCUCGAUUCUUUGCCAACCUGCCUCCUCCAGAACUUUUGGCAAGGAUUGCUCAGUUUCCUACUUCAGGGGGUCAAUCAAUGCAGGGACCUCUGCCACGUGGACCCCCUCAUAUGACUCCACAGAUUCCUCCACAAAUGGCACCCCAAGCAACAGUAGUGGGUUAUCGACCACCUGCUCCUCAUGCUCCCCAACCUGGCCCUGUUGCCCCUACAUCAGUCCGACCCGCAACCACCACCGUUGACAGCAUCCAGGCCCCGAUCCCCAGCAACGCCCCCACACCUCAUCAUACAGUUCCACCUGCAGCCACAGCUGGCUAUGCUGUGCCACCACAGAUGGGUGCCUAUCCCCAUUUCAUGCCACAACCAGGGAUGCCCAUUCAAGGCCCAAGCCAAACACCUGCAUCUCAAUCACAGCAGCAGAAGCAUCCACAGCAGUACCCCCACUCUACUGGGCAACCAGUGCCGCAGGGCCACCAGCCUGGACCAAGGGUUUUUCCCGGCCAUCACAUUCAGAUUCAGCAAGCUUUUCCACAGAGAUAUAUGCCCCCACACCCUGCUGGUGUUCCUCCCCAGUACCAACAUGCAUUCCCAGGUCAGCUGCAACCACAUCAACAGAAUGGCUUUCAGCCACAGAUACCCCAAGGUUAUCAGCCUCGACAUGGCUUUUUACCCCAGCAACACCCACAGAUGACGCCAGGCUCCUUGCCAAGGCCAUCUCAGGCCCAGAUGCCACCUCAGACUGUACACCCACAAAUACCUGCAACUUCUCAGCCAGCACCCCCUGUAUCUCAGCCCUACCUGCCCCAUCCCAACCAACAAAUGCCUAUGGGUCUCCCCCACCAACACAUGCUACCACAACAGCAGCAAAUCUCAAUGCCCCCCUCUGCCCAGCCGGUUCCACCCCACCCUCAGAUGCAGAUGGGAAGUGGUCCCAGAGCACAGAUGCCCCCCACAAGUCAGCCAAUGCCACCAGUCUCACAAAACUACAUGCCCCAGAUGAGUCAACCCAUUCACCCUACCCUGCAUCCACAGAUGCCUCCUGCCUCACAACCUCAUAUGGUUCCUGGUCCUCAGGUCCACUUGCCCAGGGGCCCCAAUAUGCCUCAAAUGCAUCCUGGACAGCCUCCUGUUCCAAACAUGGCACAGCAGCCUAUGCGGAUGCCCAUCCAGCCCCAAACUCAACCCCCUCAUUCUGGGGGAGUUUGCUACCCAGGAGGGGCUCCAAUGAUGCCUCAGCAGCCCCUGGCACCACAACCUGCGGCCCCCCAACAACCUCAUACUGCUCUUCCUAUGACUCAUCCACAGCCUUCUAAUAUUUACCCUUCACCUCCAGGACCUAAUGUACCUCCAGCUGCUCCACAGCAACCCACUGCCAUGAGCCCACAUGGUCCUCAUGUUCCCUCCUCUCAACACAUGAUCCAACCUUCACUUGUUGGUCCUUCAGCAACUCAACCACCCAACACCAUCCCUCCUUCUCCUUCCCCUUCCCCCUCUCCGGCACCUUCUCCAGGUCCUGCCUCUUUAGGUUUGAACCCCCAGCAGAGACCCACACUGACCCCCACCCCUGGAGGCACAGUGCCACCCACUCUACCCUCUCCCUCAGCUGUCUCUCCCUCCACUUCGCUGUUUCAACGCCAGAAUUCAAGCACAGAUGACCUUCUCUCCUCGAGCCCCGAGAGCCAACCUGGAGGAACCAAGGCACCCACUAAUGUCCUCCAGCCGACUAAAGCUGACCCACAGGAUGGAGAGCGUCGCAAGAAGAGCUCCCAGGGAGUUCUCCUGAUCCAGGGUGACCCGUAUCAAGCACCAGAGUGUGUCGCCCGGCUUCAUAGUGAACUGGAACGUUAUAGAGCCCAAGUUGAUUCCCUGGAGCACCCCUCGGAGAGCGAGGGUGGCCUGUCAGUGCUGGAUGCUCGAUGGAAAGAGCUUCAGGACCAGCAGGAGAAGGACGCUCGCCAGCUCUCCAUCGCCAUCGCCCGCUGCUACACUAUGAAGAACCGUCACCAAGACGUCAUGCCCUAUGACCUCAACCGUGUUGUGCUUCAGUCAGGCAAAGAUGAUUACAUCAAUGCCAGCUACGUGGAGGACUUGUCCCCGUACUGCCCGCGCCUUAUUGCAACACAAGCUCCCCUCACUGGCACAGCAGCGGACUUCUGGCUGAUGGUUUAUGAGCAGAAGGUGUCACUGAUCGUCAUGCUGGUGUCGGAGCAGGAGCUUGAAAAGGGAAAGGUCCUGCGCUACUUCCCGACAGAGCGUGGCCAGCAGCUCUCUCAGGGACCAAUCACGCUCAGCUUGACCACGCAGAAGAUGACGCCGACGCAUGUGGAGCGAAUGAUCAGCCUUCAGUACAGAGACCAAAGCCUGAAACGCACCGUUGUCCAUCUGCAGUUCACGUCCUGGCCAGAGCUGGGUCUCCCUGACAGCAAGAGCAACCUGCUGCGAUUCAUCCAGGAGGUUCAUGGACACUACCUCCACCAGAGGCCCUUACACACUCCUAUUGUGGUGCACUGCAGCUCGGGUGUUGGACGCACUGGUGCCUUCUGUCUGCUGUACGCGGCUCUGCAGGAACUGGAGGCGGGAAAGGGGAUCCCUGACCUUCCACUGCUGGUGAAGAAGAUGAGACAGCAAAGGAAGAACAUGCUACAAGAAAAGCUCCACCUGAAGUUCUGCUAUGAGACUUUGCUGAAGCAUGCAGAGAAUGUCCUUCAGCGUCACGGCAUCACUACUGCCGCUUGCAGCAAGAACACCAACUCUGCAGCCACAAAGUCUUACUCCAGACAGGAGUCGCAGCAGGACAUUGUCCUCGGUGCGGACAUGCCCAUCAGCUCCAUCCAGGCCACCAUCGCCAAGCUCAGCAUCCGCCCGCCCAGCACCACAGACCCGGCCAUGGAGGCCACGGGCGUCCUGGACGAGCAGCAGGAGCACGUCACCGCCAUCUUACCUGACCUGGACACUCUGGGAGACAUCCAGCUGUUCCAGGAGCCCAGUUCACCUGCAGACACCAGGCCCCCGUCCUCCUUCAGCCCGCCUCUGUCCUCCCCUCCACACUCCCCACCUCCACCCAACGGCCUGGACAUCGCCGCCUGCCCUUCCUCUCCUCCACCCACGAACCACCAGUUGGUCCCAGAGGCCGCCCCCAGCGUUAGUCCGCCUCCAGCCUCGUCGUCUCUGCAGCUGCUCGCCUCACUGACGCCCGAGGCCUUCUCCAUGGAGGGCGGAGGCCGGGGGAAGCAGCGGGUGACCAAGCAGAGCUUCCUGCAACCGGCGGAGGGUCAGGGCCUCCAUGGGACAAGGGAGGAAGAGGGCGGCGACCCGCUAAGUAGCCUGGACCCUCUGUGGAGCCUCAACAAGCGCUGAGAUAUCUCUAUCCACCACCAGGCGUCGCUAGAGGCCUGCAGCUGCUUCUUCUAAUCCUACUUUUCCUUUUUAAAAGGUCCAGUGUGUAAGAACUCGUGAGACUGCAGAAUGCAGCACACACUGAAGACUCCCUUUCCCCAAGCAUGUCGGGGGAACUGUGGUGGCUGUUGCAGACCAGAAAGGAUUUAAACGCUCUUUUACCACUCGUCUGCAGUGUCUUUUUUUAAAAUUAUUUUAAUGCAGUCAUACACUUAAAGUGAAUUGUAUUCCAUUUCUGCCAACAAAGAGAAUCAAAAACGUGACUAUGUAAUGCGGGGAGAAUUCGUAACAUUUAUUGGAUGGAAUAAAAACGCUGAAGAACGACCAGUAGGGACGGUUACACUCUGGACCUUUUAAAAUACAAUCAUGCUAAAUCCUGAGAGUUUUGGAAACGUGUUAGUGAUGAUUAACCGCGAUGUGCCUGGUGGCAGAGUGUCGGUGUCUGGUUUUGAGUUUGAGACCUGAAAUGCACUCACAUUCUCCUGCCGUCAUGGCGACGGCAGCAUCUUCUGGGACCAGAUCACUAUGCACUCGUCUGAACCCGAUCAUUCUUUGUUGCUUUUCUUUUCACUUAUCUGUGACGAAUGGAACCUGCUCUGCAAAACACACCACCACCACCAAAAAAAACUAAACACCCAGCAUGCAUUGCAUCGACGCGUCAUGUUUUGGGGCGGCUCCUCCGAUCGCUGGAAUAACGGACUUGUGGUGUCAUGGCAACAGAGCAGCACAUGAAGAUUAUGUUUUUUUUCCUCUUUUGUCUGUAACACUGUAAAUAAAUAAAAUUAAAUUAGACUCUUCCUUACAAGCCAUGUCACUAAUCAUCCAUUAUUGUAAAAAAAACUAAUAAAUCCAGUAGACAAAGUG